AUAGGAAUUAUGAAUUCUUAUGUGGAAGGAAAACCAAUAGCACCACCAUUACCAUACGAAUCUAUGGUAGAAAUAUUAAACCAUCUAGAAAAUGAUAUAAAAUCAUUACAUUCGUGUGUAUUGGUUAAUCGACAUUGGUGCCGAGAGUCAAUGUCUCACUUAUGGGUUGAACCUUUUACCAAAAAAUUAUCGGAUAAAUCAAUACUUUCUUUAUUGGAAACAUAUUUCAGAUGUUUAAAAGAUGAGGAUAAAACUUUACUCCGAAUAGAAGUUGGGAACAUUUUACCGACAACAUCAACAACGAGACCAUUUUUUAAUUAUGCAUCAUUUUUAAAAAAAUUAAAUACUAGAUUAUUAGGACAUUCAGUAAGUGUUUUGGUAAAUUUGGAAGAAAAUUUAUAUUCAUGUAAUAAAAAUAAAUCAGAGAUAACAAAUUUGAUGUUAAAAGCAUUAUAUAAAUUAUUUAUUGAAAGUGGUGCAAUAUUAAAUAGUUUAACUUUAGAUGUAUCAUCAGGAUCAAUGGAUAUAGCAGCAAAAAUUCCAUUAUUUAGAAAAAAUUUAAAUUUUAUAUCAAAUAUAAGAAAAUUAAAUUGUAUAUUUAGUAAUCCAUCAUCAGAAAUAUUUUAUAAUAUGAGUGAUUUAUGGGAUGAAUUACCAAGAAUUUGUACAAGGAUAAGAAUAUUAGAUAUUGAUGCAAAUGACAUGCAUUGGUCAAGUGGUCAAACCUUGGCAGAUUUAAUAAAAUCACAAACGGAAUUAUCAAAUGUUAAAUUUAGAUCUUCUGGUAGUAGGGUUACUUCAGCUAUUGCUAUGUUGGCAAAAAAAUCUGAUACUUUAACAUCACUUGAAUUUGAAUAUAUAGAUUUUCGUAAAGUAUCAUUAGAUGGUCUUGAAAGUUGUACAAAAUUAGAAAAGUUAAGAUUCAUUGGCGCUAAUAAUUGUAAUAUUAAUACUUUUCUUCCGUUAAUUAAUGCAAAAUGUAAAAUUAAGACUUUAGAAUUAAACGAAAUUGACGAUUCACAAUCUUUG